CUCGUUAGCCCCAUUCCUAAACAACAUGUGCUUCCUCCUCACUCCUCAGUCCCCUCCGCCCCCAAUCAAACGCGUAAUUAUGGUAUCAAAUCAAUACCUAUUUAUUCACACCUCAAUCUUUCUAUUCUAAUUCAACGCCCAACUUUAAAUCAAAUAUUUUUCAUAUCCUUUGCGACAAAAAAAAAGGGGUGGCAAAUUCUUGUGUUGUAUUUCAUCACCUUCUUCUCAAAAAUUGCAUUUAAAAUUUCUUAUUUUUUAUUCCGACAAGGAGUAUAUUCAGGCGGACACGGCAAACGAGACAACGUCGAACGGCCGAAAUUUAAGGAUUUUCCUUAAAAGAGAGAGAGAGAGAGAGAAGGAUUAGCAUUUUUCCGAGAAUGGGGGCAAAAACGCAGAGGGUUUUGAGUCUUGUCGUUUUGUGGGUUGUUCUGAGCACCGGAGUAGUGUUCUCCGACGGGAGGGUGUACCGAAACGCCUAUGCAACCAUGAUGUAUAUGGGGACUCCGAGAGACUACGAGUUCUAUAUAGCUACACGUGUCAUGCUCAGAUCUCUCGGGGAGCUUGGGGUCGACGCCGAUCGUGUCGUCAUUGCCUCCAUGGAUGUGCCCAUCCAUUGGGUACAAGCUCUGGAAGAGGAAGAUGGGGCAAAGGUGGUGAGAGUGGAGAAUAUAAAGAAUCCGUACGUAAGCCAAUCUGAUUUACAUUGGCGAUUUAAGCUGACACUGAACAAACUAUACGCUUGGAAGCUCGUGAACUAUGACCGAGUCAUCAUGCUCGAUGCCGAUAACCUCUUCCUUCAGAAAACGGACGAACUUUUUCAAUGCGGCCAGUUUUGUGCUGUCUUCAUCAACCCCUGCAUCUUCCACACCGGUCUUUUCGUAUUGCAGCCGUCGUUAGAGGUUUUCAACGAUAUGAUGCACGAACUGGAGAUCAAGAGAAGUAACCCUGAUGGCGCGGACCAGGGCUUUUUGGGAAGCUAUUUCCCUGAUUUACUCGACCGCCCGAUGUUUCAUCCGCCUCUAAACGGCACAAUGCUCGACGGUGCCUACAGACUUCCCCUCGGCUACCAAAUGGAUGCUUCUUACUAUUAUUUGAGGCUCCGUUGGAGCGUACCAUGUGGGCCCAACAGCGUGAUAACUUUCCCGGGCGCCCCAUGGCUUAAACCGUGGUACUGGUGGUCGUGGCCCGUUCUCCCUCUCGGCAUCCAGUGGCAUAAAAACCGCCUUCAAACUCUCGGGUACGGUGAGGAAAUGCCUGUCGUCUGGAUUCAAGCCAUAUUCUACGUGGGCAUAAUAGCCGUGGCCCGUUUGGCCCGGCCCAACAUGUCCAAGCUCUGUUACAGACGAGAGGAGAAGAGCGUGUUCUUGGUGCAAACCGGGUUCAAACUCAUAGGAAUGUGGGCCAUAUUCGCAUCCUACAUUGUACCUUUCUUCCUCAUACCUUAUACAGUCCACCCGCUAGUUGGGUGGGGACUCUACCUUAUGGGAGCCUUUUCCUUCUCGUGCAUUACGGUUAACGUAUUCUUGCUCCCGAUGUUGCCCGUGUUGGUGCCUGGUAUUGGGAUAUUUGGGUCUCUACUUGUAAUGGCUUACCCGGGCUAUCCGGAUGGGAUUGUGAGGGCACUUUCGGUAUUUGGGUACGCUUUUUGCUGUGCGCCGAUUGUGUGGACGGCGUUUGGGAGGAUUGUGUCUUCGUUACAGGUGUCGCUCGACCGGGAGGCGUUCUUGCCGAGAUUAGGAGGCGAUAAUGUGUUGCCAUCGAACAAUAAAUUGUAUUAGGAAGAAAAGGGAGGGAAAAAAAAAAGGAGCUUUGAUUUGUAGACAUGAUGAAGAAGAAAGUGAAUCAUUCUUUGUGGAUGUGUGUGUGGACUUCAAGGAUUGGAGUGGACAUAUGUGAAUUUUGU